CGUCCGAUUUUUAAUAUACACUAGCCUACGAAGAUCAACGGUGAUUAUAACAAUAAACAAAAAAAGGUACCCUAUAACAAGAAAAUGAAACCGCUUCUCUCUCUCUCACUCUAAAAGCAGAGAAAGGUAGACGACGAAGAAAGAAAAGACCAAUGGCUCCGACGAUCAAAACCAUCGGAAGUUUCCGUACUCACCAGAAACACUUCAUCGAUUUCUUCGGAGACGACUUGAUCGUCACCGUUACGCCGACUGCGACCGUGAUCCGCCGCUGGAUUCGUAGCGUCCGCUCCUACAACCGUAACCACUCGGUGCAUCCUCUCGUCGUCGGAGUCGGUGUUCAGUGGACACCGAACAGUUCCGAUCCAGAUCCUCCACCGAAAACUCUCCAGUUAUGCGUCGGUAGUCGCUGUCUCAUCAUCCAACUAGGUCACAACUACCGUCUCCCCGAAGUCCUCCGCACUUUCCUCGCCGAUCCUAAAACGACGUUCGUCAGCGUUUGGAACGGUCAAGACCAAAAGAAGCUCGCGAGCUGUAGGCAUGGGCUGGAGAUCGGGAAGCUUCUUGACAUAAGGCUGUACGUGAGCGAUUCGAGAGGGUUUAGUAUGCGGUUUUGCUCGUUUGAACAGAUCGUGAAGGAGCGUUUGGGUCGCGCAGGAUUGAGGUUAGAUCCGGCGAUUUGUAUGAGUGAUUGGGGUUUUUAUAUCCUCAGCCAUGAUCAGGUACUUCAGGCGUCGAUUGAGUCGUGUGUUUGCUUUAAGCUCGCUGUUGAGGAACGUCUCUGGGAACUUAAAAGUAUCAAAGGAAUGUAAUAUGUUGCCUAAUCUUGUGAUUUGAAUAAGCUUGUUCUUUUUUAGUAUUUGUGUGGACUUUUGUUUGAUUACAAUUACGAAGCGUG